GGGAGGUUUCAUCUGCCCGACUCUCUUUUCCUCAGUAAAGUUUUCUCCUCUCUCACCGCCUCAGUCCAACAGACUCCCAGUGUGACCAUGUCUGUCAGAGCAGUGAAGUCCACCACCCUCUCUACGGUGUCAUCCUCCAGGGCCCCUAGCCAGGGCUACAGUAGCCGCUCAUUCUCCGGCUAUGGGGGCCGUGGUGGUGGGAUUGCCAGGCAGGGCUACGCUGUCCGCAACUCCUAUGGAGGAGUCGGUAGCAGUGGUGCUGCUGUGGGUGCUGCUGGGGGGUUUGGACUGAGAGGAGGUGGAGGGGACUUCGGCCAUGUGGGCUUCGGUGGGGGUAUGGCCCAUGAAGUAGUGGCCCCCAUCACAGCCGUGACUGUAAACAAGAGCUUGCUGGCUCCCCUUAAUCUUGAGUUUGACCCCAGUAUUCAGGCCGUCCGCAUCCAGGAGAAGGAGCAGAUCAAGACCCUCAACAACCGCUUUGCCUCUUUUAUCGACAAGGUACGCUUCCUAGAACAGCAAAAUAAAAUGCUUGAGACCAAGUGGAAACUUCUACAGGAGCAGACCACAUCUCGGUCCAAUAACGAUGCCAUGUUUGAGGUGUACAUCGCCAACCUUCGUAAGCAGCUGGACAACCUGGGUCAUGAAAAGGUCAAACUGGAGUCUGACCUGCACCAAACGACUAGCCUGGUGGAGGAUUACAAAAACAAGUAUGAAGAUGAGAUCAACAAGCGCAAUGAGUGUGAGAACAACUUCGUCCUUAUGAAAAAGGACACAGAUGCAGCCUACAUGGUCAAAGUGGAGCUGGAGGCCAAGCUGGACGGGCUCUCGGAUGAGAUAGAGUUCUUGAGACAGAUCUUUGAUGCAGAAAUUAAUGAGUUGCAAAAUCAGAUCAAGGACAUAUCUGUUGUGGUGGAGAUGGACAACAGCCGUGAUCUUGAUAUGGACAGCAUUAUUGCUGAAGUACGCACUCAGUAUGAGGACAUCGCCAACAGAAGCAGAGCAGAGGCUGAAUCCUGGUACCAGAACAAGUUUGCAGAGAUGCAACAAUCAGCUGGUAAAUACGAUAAUGACCUAAAGUCCACCAGAGCUGAGAUUGCCGACAUGAAUCGUAAAAUAAUGAGGCUUCAGUCUGAGAUUGACAUGGUCAAAGCUCAGAGAAACAACUUGGAGGCGCAGAUAGCUGAGGCCGAGGAGCGAGGCGAGCUGGCAGUGAAGGAUGCCAAACUUCGGAUCAGAGACCUGGAGGAAGCUCUUCAGAGAGCCAAACAGGACAUGGCCCUGCAGGUCCGUCAGUACCAAGAACUGAUGAAUGUGAAGCUGGCUCUGGAUAUUGAAAUAGCCACUUAUAAAAAACUGCUAGAAGGAGAGGAGACCAGGUUAGCAACAGGAAUCAAGACCAGCGUGUCUCAGCAGACGUCCUUUAACUAUAAUUCCUUUAACCUGGAGACGUCCCGUAUCCCAUCCUACAUCAGCUCUUCCCUUGAUGCAAUUAAGUCGAACAGUGGUUCAGUCUCUGCCCUCGAAGGUGGGGCUGUGAAGACCACUACAGUGACCACAACUGAAACAGUGGUGAGCAAGGCUGAGGAGAAGGAGGAGGAGAAACAAGAAGUAACUGUGGAAUCCCCUGCUGUAGAGAAGAAGGAGGAAGAAGAGAAGGAGGAGAAGAUGGAGGCUAAAGCUGUGGCUGUAGCUGAAUAGUGAUGUGAUUUAUUCCUGAUUUUCAUCUUCGUGGCUAAAAAUAAAACACAUCUUCCCAGCC